AGAGUCAUUGCAGUAGGGGGCGGAGUGACAGGUUUACCCCGACCACGUUCCUGGAAGCCGGAGCUGUGUUGUGUAGCGUGUUUGGGAGACAGCUGCUGCCUGUCAGGCUCGGGAACCGGCAGCCAGAAGAGCUUCGUCAGUGGCUCUCUAUGCAGAGGUGUUUUGGAAUCCUAGAUCCCAGCUCCGAGCCUUAGUGGAGGUCACGGCUGUCAAAUCCCCGGUGGCCCGAGAGCCAGGCGGAGGACGAAGUGGCGGUAGUGGAGUGUCGCUGGAGAGGUGUGCAGGAAGUAAUUAGUCCUUUUCCCUUGGGAAUGGUCUACAGUUAGGCCUAGUCACAUCUUACUGGGUUGAAAUUGGAAAAGGCUCCGUGGAGGAAGUAGCCUAUGAAAUCUCAAUAAGAAUGCCGGGAAUAAAGAAGGGGGCAUUCGGAACCAACAGAACUGAAUGGGCCAGAGCUCUGCUGCUCUCCACCCCUAGGUUUUGACAGUGUCUCGGGGCCUGUAAGCAUCUGUCAUUUUUGUUUUUUGUUUUUGUUUUUUUCCCUUUCAAGAUGCCAUUCUCAGACUUUAUUCUGGCCCUAAAAGACAAUCCCUACUUUGGGGCUGGAUUUGGGCUGGUAGGUGUGGGCACAGUUCUGGCUGUGGCCCGGAAAGGAGCCCAGCUGGGUCUAGUGGCAUUCCGGCGCCAUUACAUGAUCACACUGGAAGUCCCUGCUAGAGACAGAAGCUAUGCCUGGUUGCUUAGCUGGCUUACCCGACACAGCACCCGCACCCAGCACCUCAGUGUUGAAACCUCAUACCUGCAGCACGAAAGUGGCCGAAUCUCCACCAAGUUCGAAUUUAUCCCCAGCCCUGGAAACCACUUCAUUUGGUAUCAGGGGAAAUGGAUCCGGGUACAGCGAAACCGAGACAUGCAGAUGGUGGACCUGCAAACGGGGACUCCUUGGGAAUCCGUCACCUUCACAGCCCUGGGCACGGACAGGAAGAUUUUCUUCAACAUCCUGGAAGAAGCUCGAGCACUGGCCCUGCAACAGGAGGAGGGGAAGACAGUGAUGUACACAGCUGUGGGUUCUGAAUGGCGCACCUUUGGUUAUCCACGCCGCCGCAGGCCACUGGAUUCUGUAGUCUUGCAGCAGGGUCUUGCUGAUCGAAUUGUCAAAGAUAUCCGGGAAUUCAUUGAUAAUCCCAAGUGGUACAUUGACAGAGGCAUUCCCUACAGACGUGGCUACCUUCUUUAUGGGCCCCCUGGUUGUGGGAAGAGCAGUUUUAUAACCGCUCUGGCUGGAGAACUGGAGCACAGCAUCUGCCUUCUCAGCCUCACAGACUCUAGCCUCUCAGAUGACCGGCUCAACCAUCUGCUGAGUGUUGCCCCCCAGCAGAGCUUGGUGCUCCUGGAGGAUGUGGAUGCUGCUUUUCUUAGUCGAGACUUGGCCGUGGAGAACCCUGUGAAGUACCAAGGCCUAGGUCGCCUCACCUUCAGCGGACUGCUCAACGCUUUGGAUGGCGUCGCCUCCACUGAGGCUCGCAUUGUGUUCAUGACCACCAACCACAUCGACAGGCUGGACCCUGCCCUGAUCCGCCCUGGGCGAGUCGACCUGAAGGAGUAUGUGGGCUACUGCUCACACUGGCAGCUGACCCAGAUGUUCCAGAGGUUCUACCCGGGGCAAGCGCCUUCCUUGGCUGAGGACUUUGCAGAACAUGUCCUUAAAGCUACAUCCCAGAUUAGUCCUGCCCAGGUGCAAGGCUACUUCAUGCUGUAUAAAAAUGACCCUGUGGGGGCUAUUGAGAAUGUUGAAUCUCUGAGGUGAUUCCAGGCCACUAUCUGCUCUCAAAAAAAUCCAUAAACACCAAUCACACUAA